GGUAAAUCCUCUCUACCUCCAAGUUCUCGUACCAGCAGCAUAAUAUGUGCAAAUGACUUUAAGAGAGCUGAAGGAAAAAGGCAGCUUCCAGAGAGCCUCCGCUAUUUUUGUAGAUGCCUUCGAUGGUAAUAAUGGUAUUGGCAUCAUGGAAGGUUCGGGAUCGUCCAGCCAAAAUCCAGCUCUUGCCGAAACAGGACCUCCAUUAUUUUGGGCGAGGUAUUAUACUCCAUCUACAAGUACCAGUCACCAUCAGCUUCCUCUAGUUCCUGAAAAUAAAUCUACGACAGCUAGAAGAGAAAGGCAGUUCACAAAGGGCUUUCAUGAUUCAGAUAUCUGCGAUGUUCAUGACGUCAAAGGAAAACCUGAAGACUACAUCAAAUCAGGUUUUUUCCCAGUAAGAAACUCAGCUCUCAGUAAAAAAAAAAAUGGCCUACCUCGAUCAUUGUGUACCACGGCGUAUCCUCCUGUAGGUUCGGGAUUAUCCAACCAAAAUCCAACCAUUUUCCGAAGAAUCCUACCUCGACCAUUGUGUACCGCGACGUAUCCUCCUCUAGGUUCAGGAGUAUCCAACCAAAAUCCAGCCAUUUCCCAAAGAAACCUACCUCGAUCAUUGUGUACCGCGGCGUAUCCUCCCGUAGGUUCGGGAUUAUCCAACAAAAAUCCAGCCAUUUUCCGAAGAAUCCUACCUCAAACAUUAAGUCCCGCGCCGUAUUCUUCUCCUUGUUCGGAAUUAUCCAAUCGAACUCCAGCUUCUUCGCAAACAAUCCAACGUCCAUUAUUUUGGCCCUUCAAGUAUCCUCGUGCAGAGAAACGGUUUCAGUGUCCGGUUUGCUGUAAAAAAUAUACAACCAAAGCUUAUGUGGGAAAGCACAUGAUGCAACUACACAGAGAAGAAAUGUGCCAAGCAGCCAAUCGUGCCAAGCAGCCAAUCACUCCUCAACGAGAAUAUCGCAGCACGCGAAGAAUUUUGCUUGACGGUUAUUACGGACCAGAACAAACGGAACCAGUAGAUUUGAGCAUGAGCACCAGACACUCGAAAAAAUAAAAAUGCGAAGAUGAUUAUCAACAAGAAUCAAGAGGUUCAAUAAUGAUGUCUCUGGACUCAUCGAGCAGUGUUUGCCAGAAGUAAACGAAUUGAAACAAGAAUUGCAACUUUUUAC